AUGGCAUCGACACUCCCGCCAACGCAACCACCCGCCCACCAGGACUAUGCCGGCGACGAAAUCAACGCCCUCGUUCUCGACCCAGGCACCUAUACCACUCGCGCCGGCUUCGCAGGAGAAGACACUCCCAAAUCUGUGACGCCGACCAAUUAUGGCCUCACGUCCACCGGCGACAAGAUCUUUGGAGAAAACGCAAUGCACAUUCCUCGUCCCGAUGUCGAGAUCAAGAACCCCUACAGCGCAGAAGGGCUUGUGGAAGACUGGGAGACUGCGAGUCGCUUGUGGGAGUACAGUAUCACAUCGCGACUGACGGGACCAAGGCAGACUCCUCCGAGUAAGAAUGGCGCGAAUGAUAAGACGGAUGAGAAUGGCGACGUGAACAUGGAUGAGGCAGCAGAGCAGAUGGACGAGCAGGAGAAAGUGCUAGGAGAAUACCCGCUGUUGAUGGUUGAGCCGGCAUGGACCCCUCAGAAAUCGAGGGAGAAGACGAUGGAAAUUGCAAUGGAAGAAUGGGGAGUUCCCGCUUUCUUUCUGGCGAAGAACGGACAAUUGGCGGCGUAUUCACAGGGAAAGGCGACUGCACUGGUGAUUGAUAUUGGACAUCAGAAUACGGCAGUGACGGCGAUGUAUGAGGGUAUGGUGUUGAAGAAGAGCAUACAGCGGACGCCGUUGGCAGGCAAUUGGCUGAACAACCAGAUACGCCUCAUGUUCAGCAACAUGCAACCACCCGUGCCUCUCGUACCGCACUACAUGGUGAAGUCCAAGCAGCCUGUAGAUGCCGGCGCACCGAGUAAUGCGACAUACAUGCAGUUCCCAAAGCCACCCACAGACAGCUUCCGAAGGCUAGAAGAGGAAAGAGUGCUCACCUCCUUCAAAGAAAGCAUCGUCGCUGCUUGGCCGGGUCCAGCAAGGUGAGCUCGUCUGAGUACGACUUGAGGGCGAUCAAACUGAUAAUCUAUUAGACUCGACUCUCAAGCAGGCCAAGCAAACUUCACCAAUCUCGACACAAUCAAACAGUGGCCCGCAAAACCCUUCGAACUUCCCGAUGGCUUCAACCAAGUUUUCGGCCCCGAGCGGGUAAAGGUCGUCGAGGGUCUUUUCGAUCACAAUGCAGCCUACACUUCCUCGGACUCCCCCGCUCCCUCCGGCGAGCAGACCAUUACAUCUACAGCCCAUCGGGCCUUGCAAAACUGCGACGUCGACGUCAGACCCCAUCUUAUGAACAAUGUGAUAGUGACCGGAGCUGGAUCACUUAUCGAGAAGCUACCAGAUCGAAUACAGAGCGACUUGCAAGCUCUGUAUCCUAAUCCCAAAGUCAGAGUUAUCGCAAACUCGAAUAGUGUGGAGAGAAAGUAUGCUGGUUGGAUCGGAGGUUCUGUGUUAGGAAGCCUGGGCACGUUUCACCAGAUGUGGAUUUCGCGGCAGGAGUACGAGGAGUAUGGAGCUAAGAUCGUGGAGAAGCGGUGCAAGUGA